AUGACCAUGAAGAGAUUCCCCGCCGCCGCGGAGCUCGACGACAUGGCCAACUGCUUGAUUCUCCUCUCCAAGAUCGCCACCGAGAACGACGCCGUUUUACACCGUCGUGACCAAUCCAACGCCACGACAGCAGCGGGGGACGGUCGCUUGUUCGAGUGCAAGACCUGCGAGAAGAAGUUCCCGUCGUUUCAGGCGCUGGGAGGCCACCGGGCCAGCCACAACAAGCCCAAGCUGCAGCAGGCCCACAACAACCACCCCCUGGAUUCGCCCCCGGGAGCGAAGCCCAACAACAAGACCCACGAGUGCGCCAUCUGCGGCCUGGAAUUCGCCAUGGGCCAGGCCCUCGGUGGCCACAUGAGGCGCCACCGGGCCGCAUUGAGUUUGCUGCCUGCGGUGGCCAUGAUGAAGAAAUCCUCCUCCUCCCCCGCCGCCGCCGCCGCCAAGAGUACUGGUCACGGCGGGAAGAGGGUUAUGUGUUUGGAUUUGGAUCUCAACUUGACUCCGGUGGAGAAUUACGACUUGAAGUUGCAGUUAGGCAGCGCCCUCCAGAUUGCUUGAAUCAUUUUCUUUUCCCGAUUCUUAUUACAUUCGUUAUUUGUUGCCUCAUUUUUUUUUUUAGAUCUAGACAGAACAGAGAUAGCGUGUUAGUUUCAUGGACAUAUGUAAGAUGGAUUAUUUUUGUUCAUAUCUCAUUCAUUUAUUAAUAUCGAC